CAAGAACAACAAAUACAUUUCCCAGUAUGCUCUACUACACCUCACGACGUCGUGUCACGCAUGUGACGUCCUGUGGCUUGUUUUGGCCGUUUGUUUCCAUAUCCGGCUCCAGAGCUUGUCCUCAUAUAACUAAGAGGGCCCGGUGUGUGUGUGUGUAUGGGUGUUGGUGUGCAGCAGAGAGCGAGAAGGUGGGAGACUCAGGGAGUCCGGCUGGUGUUUUUACCAUGGCUGACAACACCGGUGAUGAUGAUGAUGUCAUUCAUCUGGGCAGCUUCAGCGUACACCACAGCCAAGCUCUCUUUGCCAGUAUCAGCCAGAGGAGGAUGUCCUCCAGGAGAGUUUUUUUAUUUUAUUUUUUAAAUUUUAUUUUUAUAUCACACCGUGGUAUCGACUUUGAUAACACAUCAAGAAGGAGGACCUACAUAACUAUAUCUGAUGAUUCCGACGACGAGCUGGACGCAUUUAGACCAAACGUUCCUGUGGUGGUCAAAGACGAGGAGGAGGAGGACGAUGACGAAAUUAGCAUUUUAGAGGCCCGGGUGCCGCCUCGUCGUGUACUGAUCCGACCUGCUGCUCAAUGGGGAGGCAGCAUGUCCCAAAGCCAGCCUCCGAACCCCAUGGACUCGCACUUUCCUCACUCUUCAGUAGCGCCCGCUCAGCCAGCAUCAGGAAAUCAAGCCAUUGGUGUCUUCACUACGGACCAGAACGCCGUACCUUCCACAUCUAAAGGCGUUGUUUUGCUCAGACCUCACGUUUCCAUUAAAGGUACGCCGUCUCAACUAGGCGAUCCUUUGCCCAGCACUCAGCAGGCCGGUCAGGGCACGGCUCUUUUCACCCCUGCGAACACUGAGGUACUGGGUGUAAAAGUGGCAGUGGUGAGUCCGCACAGAACUGAAAGGUACGCCGGGGCUGUAGUCCCAUUUCCCCCUCAGGAACGGCCGACGGACACGCCGCAGCCCUCGCACACAGCCCAGGAGCCUGAGGAGCGGCAGCAGCAGGAGAUUCCCCCGCUCUUCCCUGCACGCGUCGCUGGAAACGAGAGGCCUGGUCCCUCUACAGCCGCCGAGCCUCCAGCUCCAGAUCCCCAAACAGCUCAGCGGGACAGUCUCAACUUGCUCGUCACACGAGUGGUGGACCUUUUCCCAGACGUCCAAGAGCCGUAUGUGGUGGAACUGAUCGAGAGGAGUGAAGAGAGAGAUUUAAAUGUAAUAUGCAAUAUGCUGUUGGAGGAUCCGGAAUAUCAGAGGAACGCAAACUCUGUAUUAACUCAGAGAAGUGUACUCCUUGAGACAAAUGACAACGAAACACAGGAAACUGAGAACUAUUUCGAUUAUUGGAAGUUAAAUCGUGUUGGCCCAGAGGUUGCAGUACAAGCUGCAGAGAUGCUGAUGGGAGACUUCAGGAUGCUAAGCUGCCAGGACCUCAAAUGGGCGCUGAAUUGCCUCAAAGGACACUAUGCAAUCACCCGCAAGGCCUUAUAUGAAGCCCUUAAGAAGUGGCAAGAAAACUCUACUGACCCCUCAGGGAAGAGGAAGAAGAGAAAAGAGCCAAACGAACGAGCCUUUAUCGAAUUCAAGUUUGAGCAAGGUUCCUUCAAACUGGAGAGGAAAAUGUUCUUUCUAGAGAAAAACCGGAGAUGGUGCAGGAACUUCGACGUGCCGCUUGAGCCUUCUCUAAAGAAAGAGCUUCAGUUUUAUGAUCAGAAAGCAAAGGAAAUGGCUGAGCAUGAAGAUUUCCUGCUGGCAUUGCAAGUGAAUGAGGAGCAGUAUCAGAAGGAUGGUCAGCUGAUCGAGUGUGGCUGCUGCUGUGGAGAAUUUGCCUUUGAGGAGAUGACCCAGUGCAGCGAUGGCCAUCUCUUCUGUAAAGAGUGCCUGGUGAAGUACGCGCAGGAGGCCGUGUUCGGGACAGGACGGUCGGAGCUGAGCUGCAUGGAGGGCAGCUGUACCUGCUCCUUCCCUACCAGUGAGCUGGAGAAAGUUUUACCAGAGAACAUCCUGUGUAAAUACUACGAGCGGCAGGCCGAGGAAGCCGUGGCCGCUACCUGUGCGGACGAGCUGGUCAGGUGUCCGUUUUGUAACUUCCCUGCUCUCCUAGACAAAGAGAUUUCUCUCUUCAGCUGCCCCAAUCCCCGCUGCAGAAAGAAUGCAAAGGAAAGCCUACCAUUAGGUCAUACGUGGAUGAACAAAUUGAUACGUAUUAAAGCAUAUUUUGAGGACCGAGAAAGGACAAGACUCCACAAAUGAAAGCAUAGGAAGACAUCUACAUCGAAAUCUCCUUUACAUUUAAAAGUUUGUGAUAGCACAAACAAAGCGGAGAACGGAGGAGGUGAGAUGAGCGAGAGCAGGAUGGAGAGGCCACGAAUGCAGAGCGUGAAAGGAGAGAAAAGGGAUAAAAGGAGAUCCAUGAAGUUCCAGCUGAGAUGUAGUCAAGUCAAAACAGAGCGUCUUUAGUUAAACACCCUCCAUGAACAGAAAUCAGAACCACUUUAACCCAAUCCGAAUCGCAUCUACAGAGACAGCAUUGUUGAACACUAUACCAGCUUCAUGAAGUAAAGCUGUAUGAGGUUUCCUGCCAUAGGAGAGGCUUCAAGAUGGAGGACUUUGCACUUUGGUUCCUCGAUAACCUCCGAAAAAUCACAAAGUUCUUUUAUGAGUGAGUGAGUGUUUGUAGCUGUUAGAGCAAAACUGAUAACUAAGUUGUUUCAAGGUCAUUCCACAACAUUAAGUUUAUAUAAACUCAUGAAUAAUUCAUUGUAAUUGUUGGCAAAUUGCCGUGGUGUAAGAGGAAUAAAACUCUGAGAUAUAGGAAUGAAGCACUUAUUUAAUCAGUUUAAACCCCCCCACAAUGUUUUUAUUUUUUCACUUUUAACACUUUGAAAUACAGCCUUUUACAUUCAUUCAAAUGCCAUACAACCAUUAGAUCGCUGCAUUUACACUAAAAAAAUAACAAGAAUGCUCCUGUUUUAGUGAAUGGUAACCUAUUCAUAAUUGACUAUUAUAAUCGUAACGAAUGCAAAACAAAACGAAUAUAUGUUGAGUAUAGCAAUUCUACAAGGUCGGAACCCGAAAUUGUCCACAAAGAUUCGUCAUCCACUAAUUCUUCUUUUAAAUCCAAAUCCUUAAUAUAAUCAACGAAAGGGCUCCGUAUGUUUUCAAAUUCUUGCUGUUUAGCCUUUAAUAUGUAAGUUAUCCUUUCUAAUGGAAGGCAUGACAACAUCUGUCUUAUCCAUUGAGUCUAUGAAUUGGUCUAUGAAUCUUUGUCCACAACAGAGCCACACAUUUUUUUGGCAUGAAGCAAGCUGAGGUCUAUAAAUGCUCGCUCAUUUCUACUAUAAUUAUCGUUUCUCUGGGUAGAAGCCCAACAGAAAAAGCUUAGGGUCCAGUCAAAUUAACCUCUCGUAUUUUUAACUUGACGUAUAAGUUUGUAUAUUUCUUGAUGUGGGUGGAGUUGAUCUACUGUACACAAAAAAAACACACACAAAAGUGCUCUUUUAAAUUUAUCUGCAGAAUUAUUUCUAUUUACUUAUUGUUUGUACAUCAUACAGUUUAUUUAUUUAUUUUAUUUUAUUUGAAAUCUUCCUAAGAGAUGAACUCAAGAAUCGAUGAGCUGAUGUUUAAUUUCUGAGAUAUAUGAUAUGAUCUGCUUUCCUGAUAUUUAAAUGGAAAUUGUACUAGGUGUUGUCCUGCUAGGUUGCUGUGUGAAAAGUAAAUACGUUAAAUGGCUGUAUGUUUCUGAUGCUUCACUCUCGGCGGUGGAGUUUCUUUCCUGUCACUGGGUGGUGCUUUGGACUGUAGAAUAACUCAUGAGGGGGCCAAAAUUGAAUGAGACUAAAGGCUUUAUGGCAGGGCCUCUGCUGCGUAAAUGACCUGGGUCAUGUUAGAAAACAAAGACACGAGCAUUCGUUAUGCCUGCCGUAAAAGUAUGCAGCACUCAUGACUUCAGAAGCUGUUUGAACUAUUGAACUAUUCAUCAGCACAAUCGAACAGAAUUUUAUAAAGGGGAAAAAUGUUUAUCUCUGCAUGCAUGUAUAUACUGCUUGUUUUGCAUGUACUUUGAUAGUUGCAGCAUCACUGGCCAUGUUGGAGUAUGUAUAAACAUUGUUGUGCAAAAACAUCGAACAGCAGUUGAUGAGUUGUCAGUGGGUGGAUUUGUUUUAUGUUGUGUGUGUGUGUGAGUGUUUGAGCCGUUGGUUUCUGUUGUUUUAUCUGAGCUGUGUGUGGGAGUUGUCUGGAAUGUACCGGGGCAGCAUCAGCAGUAGAAUGUUAACUGUCUCUGUAUCAACAAUGCAGCAUUAGCAACCACUUACUCAGAAGAAUGCUGGGAAGUCCUAAUGCUUUCCCAUUUGUCCUCCCACUCUGCUACUUUCUCUCCUUCUCGUUUUGCUGUAAACAUCUCCUCCAUGGCUGUCUUUUUUUCUUCUUCUUUUUUUUUCCGGUGCAUACAUCUGCCCGCUGGAUGGCAGUGUUGAUCUAUCAUGAGGUCGAGCAUUGCCUCGCCCAGCUCCACAGCUGCAUCUGAUUACACACUUCCUCCCGCAGUCAUCCACUCCAGCCCCUCCUGUAGCUUCACCCCCAGAGGAGGAGGGGGAAAGCGGGAAAAAAUGAGACACCCUCCAUCAGCAUGGUCCUUGGCCAGCUACUCCUGGUCGAUUUUAGUGCGAUCAGGCCAGACCUCCAUUUUGUUGCUCUUUUGGUCUCUUCCUCUUCUGCAUGUCACAGGACCGAGUAAGAGGAAAUGGAGAGCAGCAGGAUGUCUUGAGUUUCAUCUCUCGACCCACUUUCUCUUCCUUUUUCCUCACCGUUUCUGACCCGUCUUUGUGCCAUUCUUGUCAGCUAUGAACUUUGAACUACAGCGAGAUGUUCAGCUAGAUCUGAGUCAUAUCCUUUCACUGACUUUUUUUUUUCCACCAAAAAUGUGCAGACUGCAGGGAAAAUCAGAACCAAAUGUGUUCUUUACCUCCUUGAAGCUCCUGACCCCAUUGAGCUCCAGUGAUUUACCCGCAUGUACUCGCGUUAAACAUUUUAAUAGGAUCUCAUUGCCCCUAACAGAGAGGAAGAGGUUAUUCUUCCCUCCCAGGUGCCUUGUUUCUGUGAGCAUCUCAUGGUCCUUACCCAUACACAGGAAGUGUACUGUAUGUAGAGAAGAGAGCUUGAACCCUACCCUUGUAAACUGCUCUAUCCCUGAACUACGGCCUUCCUCGUGCUGUAGGGUUAUAUGAGGGUUAUAUAACUGACACACUUUCUUUCGCCUAUAGGCCCACCUCUUUCAUCUACUACAGGCCCCUGAUUGGCCAGUGCCAAAGCCUUCAGAAUUUGACAUGCCCUGCAGUUCAUGUUCGCCCCAGAUUUGUUUUUUCCACUGGCUUGCAUGUUUAAAAUAUGUAUACAUGUAUUGGAUUUUGUGCACGGUUAAACAUGUUUUCAAGGGUUUUCUUGUUCUAAUUUGAACCCUCAAUGACUGCGAAACAAUCUGUUGUAGGGUUCUGUAUUAAACCUUUUAAAUGCGUCACCAAAGACGCCCUAAAGGCUGUAGAUUGAACCGUUUUUUUUUUAAGGGUGAAUAAAUGGACUUGCAGGACGAAAACACGUGAAGUCGUGUGUUUUUGGUCCUCACAUUGCUAAAGGCUA